AUGGCUCUAGCUAUUUCUCACGAGGACACCCAGAUUUUGCUGAAGGACAAAAAUGUUAUACAGGAAUCUGUCUUAGAUAAAUAUAGAACUGCAGGCCAAGUCGUGCAAACUGCCUUGAAAUAUAUCACUGGAUUGAUUAACGAUUCUUAUCAUUACAAGAAAUCAAAAGUGUUAUCUAUUUCUGAACUAUGUUUGCUUACUGAUUCAUUCAUCCUAAACUGUUUAUCUCAAUUUUAUACAAACAAAGUCAAUGAAAAAGGUAUUGCUUUCCCAACUUCUAUUGAUGUUAACCAAAUUAGUAACGGUUGGUCUCCAGAAAUUGAAGAUUCUGAAAACUUAAAACAUUGGAAUAGAAAUUUGAAAGAUACAGAACUACAAUCCACCGUCACUGGUCUAUUAAACGAAGGCGAUGUUGUUAAAAUCACCUUAGGUGUUCACAUCGAUGGUUAUACUUCCCAAGUCUCUCACACUAUGAUCAUAUACCCAGUUGAUGAAACCAAUACCAAGCCAACUGGUCCAUUAUUAGGUGGUAAAGCCGAUGCUGUUGCCGCUGCUCACAUUGCUGUUGAAACUGUAAACUCGCUAUUGAACUGUGCUUUAACUCCAGAAAAAUUACCUCCAACUUUAGGUUCUUCUGCUCAAAGCAUAAACGGUCAAUUACUUAGAUCAGUCGUGGACACCAUUGCUCGCUCAUACAACUGUUGCGUUGUUCCAGGUUCCCGUAUUCGUAGAGUUAGAAGAUUCUUAGCUGGUCAAAACGAAGGUAUCGUUGCCGAAAGAGAUUUCAAAGGUGUUGUAUGGGCAGAAUCUCACCAAGAAGCUGAAUUAGUUUCUCAAUCCGAUUCUGUCAAGGAUUUAUCAAUAAUCGAACGUGGUCACUCCGAAUUAACUAAUGCUUCUGCUAUCCCAACCGACCAAUUCGUGGUCCAAGCUGGUGAGGCUUAUUUAGUUGAUAUUAAAAUGGCUUCUUUAGAAAAGUGUCCAAAGAGAGGUCUAGUCACAUUAGAAACUAUUGAUAAGUUUACUGGUAAAACUGAUAAUGUUAAUAGUUUAAUCGCUAGACCAACCAUAUUUGUUAGAGAUUAUGCACACACUCAUAUUUUAAAGUUGAAAACAUCUAAACAAUUAUUAUCCAAGAUCGAUAAACAAGGUGUCUACCCAUUAAAAUUAUCUAACUUAUCAAAGCUUGCUUUGUCUAAGGAUAUUACUCCAGACGAAUUGAAUGAAUUGAAAAGAGAAUUAAGAUCUUCAAGAUUAGGUAUGAAUGAAAUAGUCAAUAACUUCUUAUGUAUUGAAGCUCCAAUUCAAGCUGCUAAAUGGGUUCCCUGGGAUCAUAUUUUAAAAGUUACAAAUCCAAAUGGUAACCUAAGUUACGAUGCUACUGCUUCUUUAACUUUACCAGGACAUGAAUUGCCAUUACCAAAGUUAGGCGUUUCAGCUUUGAAAUUAAGACAAUUGAUGACUUCCAGUAAAGAAGCUCUUUCAAUUCCAGUUGCUCGUGAAUCCAACACUAUUUUAUUAUGUACUGAUGAUGUUUCUUCCGGUGAAGGUCCAGAAUUAUUGAAGUUAACUGGUGGAAGCAAGACUUGUCCACCAAGUUGGGUUCAUUCCAAGUAUGAAUUAGAUCCUCAAGAUUCAAUUGUUCAAGGUAUUUUCCAACUGGCGUCAUUAUCUAAGGAUAAGAGAUUCGGUUUAUCAUCUAGAGAAACACAGCCAAUGAAGAAUCUACAUAAUAACACUAAGUCUGCAUCUGAUUCAAUGCAAAUGUAA